AGAUAGAAGAGAGAGGGAUUGGAAACGAAUCACGUGUGCCGAACACUCCUUGUCUGCCGGAAGUAUAGAUUGAAGAGGGAAGUGAUGACUAUGCUUAUACUUCCUCAAAAGCGUUCCAGCUGAUUUCUAUAUGGCUUUCUAGCUCGAGUAUGCUCUCUAGUAUGGCUUUCUAGCUCAGGUACAUUUGCACUGUUAUACAAUGGCAAGUAGUGCUCCGGCUCCAUUUCAGAGUAGGUUUAAGGAAGCUGUUAAAGCUGUUUUGACCGAGGGUAGAUUCAAAGCCUCAUCACCAGAGGCAGCAGUUGCCCUCAACACAGCUUCUGCGUUGUUAGUUUUGUUAGAGGAUUCAAAGCAUAGUGUGAUGGUUGAGGAUUUUACUGUCAAAUUGUACUCAAAAUUGAAGUCGUGUUUCCAGCACACUCACUCAUCACUUCAUUUAAACAGAGAAAAGAUGUGGGGAUUGUAUCAUGAGUUGCGCACAUCAGACAGCUUCAAGGAGGAAUGGAGUCGUUUCCUGCAUGAGUGUGGUAAACAACCGUGUGCUUCUUUUGUCCAGUUUGUUACUAACACACUCUUCAAACAACUGAUAGAAGAGGAGUUCCCUCUGAACAGUACAACGAACUCAAAUGGCCACUCGGGUUUGAUGACAUUUGAGGAGAAGAAUGCUCUGAGAUAUGUUGCAGGAUAUGUAUGCCGCACAUUGAGAAAACGUCUUGAAUCAUCUACGAUUCCUGAUAAAGAUGAUAUGAUAUAUGCUCUGAUGGAGUUAAGUGGAGAUGAAAUGAAUGACCAAGACACAGAAGCUUGGACUGAUCUUAUUGAUAGAGGUGGACUUUGGCAUAUCAGUGAUGAUACCUACAUGCUGUUUUUGAUAAUAGAAGAGUGUAUCAGAGAACACAUGACCAUAGCAACCGCAAGUACGGUACAAGGAGGUAAAACGCUUACUGAUACCCUGCUUAAGAAUGAAGAUGUCCUAUUCCAGUGGUGUAUUCUUGGUGUUGAAACGAAUGAUGUAGACUUAAGUUUAUUGAGGAAGAUCAUAUCAUUGUAUGUAACUAUUCGAGGAUUUGCAUUUGCAACAUCUUGCCUAGAAUUGUAUAAACAAGCACAAAAGAAAUCUCUUCAGAAAAAAAGGGCACUUCGAAAGUCCGUGUAA